UGAUCAAAGCACUUUUAUUGAAGUUUGAUCUUUUUUCUAUUUGAUAUAGUAUUGUUUCAAUUGAAAGGGACGAUCUAAUCUUUCCAAUUCUAUAUCUCCUACGUGUAUAAAUAGAAAGUCACGCUCAAAAUGGCUGAUUUCCAGAUCUUAGCAAUUGGUGCAAAUCCAAACGUUUCAUUCUACUCAUGGAGACUUCAAGAAACUGGAUCAUGUACAGUGACAGUGGUGAAUAGAAACUUGAAUGCAAACUCACCAAUUAGAUGGGAAUCAUCUGUAUUUGGAACAACAUCAUUUUCCCCAAAGUAUAUUUAUAAUGAUAUAUCACAGAUUUCGAGAGGAGUAGUACCAUUUGAUGUUGUUAUUUUGAGUAGCUCUUCACUUCAAGAUUUCCAAACGACCAGCCAAUCAUUGAUCCCAUAUAUUGAUGAAAAGACCACCAUUAUGAUUGAAAGUACUGGGUUUAUUAACCUUGAACCCUUUGUAUCAUUGAGUCUUCCCAAGUUGAAAAACUUGAGUAUUUGCUCUAUAAUGAAUGAAUAUGAUGUAAGACAUCUUGGCUCCAAUACAUAUAGUCAUAAAAUUAGAGGUCAAGAAUCAAGAAUGUAUUUGGGACAUUGUACAAAUAAUAAGAAUUCAAGUUUUAAAAAAAUUAUCAAGGCAUUUAAUUUAAUUCAAGAAGAUUCAAAGGGGAAAUUUUCACUUUUAGUUGCAAAUUCAUCAAAGGAAUUUCAAACAUAUCAAUGGAAAUUAGCACUUCCUAGAAUUAUUUUCAAUCCAUUAUCAAUUAUUUUUGAAACUGAAUUUCCUGAACAAUUAUCUCAACAAAUUUUAUGUAAACCUUUAGUUACAGGGUUAAUUACUGAAAUUUUCAAAAUUAUUAAAAAGAUGGAAUGUAAAUUAGUUAAAGGAACAGAAAAUGAAACUAAUUUAUGGAAAAUUUGGAAAGAAUUAUAUCCACAAGUUGAAUCAAGAGAUCAAAACGAUAAAUUUUUGGAUUCGCCUGGUUUAUUUUACAAUUAUUAUAAGCAAUAUGAUCUUGAUAUUGAUUUGUUAUUAUUACAACCAAUUUUAUUGGCAGAUGAUCAUGGGAUUCGUACACCAUAUUUGGAAAAUUUAUAUUCAAUAAUGUGUCAAUAUAUCAAAGUUAAUGGAAAAGGUUCAAAAUCUAUCUUUUUCAAAAGAAGAGAAAAUGAAUUUGAUGAACAAAGAAAUAAUCAAUUAAAUAUUGAUUAUGAUUUUAAAUCAAAGAAUAUUAAUAAGUUAACUGGAGAUUUGAAUGAAAUGGAACAGAGAAUAAAAUCACUUGAUCUUGAUCAAAAGAAUAAGGAAUUGAAAUCUUUGGAAAUUAAUGAACAAGUGUCUAAACAAGAAAUUAUUUUGAGAUCAUUAACUUCUACUAUUAAGGAUCAAGAAGAAAAAUGUAAAAUUUUGGAUAGAGAAAUUAGUGAGAAGAAACAGCAACUUGUUGAACAAGAACACAUCAAAAAUGCAUCGCUUACAAAUCAAACUGAUCCAAUUUCUACUCCAAAGAUUUCGAGAGAAUCCUUUAUUGCCAGUCCUAGGGGAUUACAAGAAAUGUCAGAUAUUGCUCUUUAUGGAGCCAAUUUGAAUGGUGAAGAUAUUCCAAAAUUGAAUAUGGGAAAUAAUGGAGAACACAUUGCUGAAGAAUCUGAUAUUGGGAAAGGUGCACAAUCAUAUUCUCAAGGCGGAGAUAAUUAUCCAAAUGGGAAUGGAAACUAUCAACAACCACCACCACAACAACAAUCACAGCAAGUGCCACCAAGUGGUCGCGAAAAGUUGAAAGUUGAUACUCAAUAUGGGUCAGCUCAACCAAAACAAAACUAUUAUAACCCCCAACAACAGCAACAACAUCAUCAACAAAAUCAGUAUCAACAAAUGCCAAUGCCACAACAACAUCAAUCAUAUAAUAAUUUACAAAAUUUUUCGCAAAUGCAACCACAAUAUGGCCAUCAAAACCAAUAUUAUGGAAAUCAACAACAAGGAGGACAAGGAGGAUUUUUACCAUCACCAAUGGAUCAACAUCCUCCACACGGACUUCCUUCGAAUGGAUUACCACAUAAUACGUUACCAGCGCCACUUUUAGGAAGUAAUUCAAUGACUAAUGUGAAUAGAUAUCAACAAAUGCCACAACAUAAACAAAAUGGACACCCACAAAAGCAAAGACUCAGUUCAAUUCCAUCAUCAAUGGGCUCAUAUUAUGAUCCAAGUCAGCAGGGACCAAACUUUGGUGGAAACCAAAUGAUGCCAAACAAUGGGAUGGGUAUGAACGGAGCAAAGGUUACAAGGAGAUCUAUGUACCCAACUGCAGCAGGAUUAGGUGCAAUGGAUAUGGGUGGUCGAGGAGGAAUGCCAAUGCCUACAGGGCCAACAGGGGAACGUCCACAAGGUGGCAAGGCAAGACCAAUGUCAUCUAUGGGGAAUUUAAAUAGUCCACCUGGAGUUAACCUGAGAAAGUCGCAAUUUUCACCACCAAGUCAACCUCGUGAAUUACAAAUCCCCCCACAACAACUGCAACAUUUACAUCCACCAAAUGCAAACCGAUCGAACACAUCAAGUGUAUCAUCGAAUACGAAUGAUACACCUAAAACUUCGCAUUCAAAGGAUGGCUUUAACGAUGAAAUCCAACUCAAUGUUCCUGAGAUUGCAGCAAAGCCACUUGGAGGGGUGAAAUCAGAUAAGGACGAAGGUAAAAAGAAAAAGAAGGGAUUUUUCGGUAAGAAAAAGUAA